AUGAAUUUUUUCGGGAGCAUUUUCUCUGACGAUCAUGAUGACAGCUUGGGUUAUGGCGACAGUAGGAAAGGUGUCGGAGGUGCUACUUUAAACGGCCAGGACGAAAAUAUUUUGCACCUCGUUCUGAGCCACCGCACUUCGAGUGUGCUGCACGAGCAGGAUGGGCGCGCGGUGAGUGGCGUGAGCAGCGGCGUAGCCAACCGUGGGGACAGUGCACCCAAUAGCCACAACGACACAGCGUUCACAACAAACCUAGGGGACCCAAAAAUAAUUCAGAUGUGCAUCCACCAGUUGCUCAUUUACGAAAAGGCAAAAGUAAAAAAGGGGAAAGCGAAGAAGAGGCCAUUAUACAGAUAUGAUAAAUUGGUCUAA